GCAGCGUCCCGGGCAGCGAGGCCUGCGCCGGGCAGCGGGUGCGGGGAACCGCUCAGCCUGGACGCGCGCUGGCCAAGGCUUCCGGGAGUGACCGCAGGCCACCAUGAACACUGAGGGCGACCAUAACUUCAGGCGGGUGGCCAUCCGGCGGAAGUCAGGCUCCUACCUGCCGCCCGGGAUCCCCCGGCCCUGGAGCAGGCCCUCACCGCACUUGCGGCGCCUUGACCGUGUCACGGUUCCGGGCCAGGCCGCAGGUCUGGGCAGCAACACCUGUGCAAAGGCCACUCCACCUUGUACGACAAGCACCAGAACCACAGAAGCUCAGGGAAUAAAUGGGAGGACACCAGCAAAACGCCCCACUGCAAGUCCAAAGCCACAAGUGCCUCCAAAACCAUUAUAUCUGCAGAAUUCACCUUCAUCCCAUAUACCCCAAGUUCCCAGGCAUAAAAUUUUACCUAGUGCAAAGCCAAGGAUGGAGCAGUCUAAUCCGGCCCCUACUUGUACCUCAAAAGGGAAACACAGUAAGGUAUCGGAUCUCAUCAGUCACUUUGAAGGCGGCAGUGUUCUGUCGAGUUAUAUUGACCUGCAAAAAGAUUCUACUAUGAACCUAAAUAUUCCUCAAACUCCAGGACAGCACGGGUUAACCUCCACACCUCCACGGAAAUUUCUAUCGCAGCACUCUCCACAGAAGCAGGAAAAUGAUCCCGAUCAGACUCAGGGCCAACAUGGUUGUUUGGCCAAUGGUGUGGUGGCUGCACAAAACCAGAUGGAGGGUCGAGAUGAGAAGGAGACUGCCUGUAGCCCAGAGAUUGCUCCUCAGACUGCUGUCGCCUCUCCUGAUUCACCUGUGCUGAAUGGAGACAGAAAUGAGACCGCCACAGAUUCCGCAUCACCCAUAACGAAUAGCCAUGAUGAAAAUGCUUCUGAGGGCAGCUGCAGGACUCCAGGGACUGACCUAGGGCUCCCCUCAAAAGAAGAAGAGCCAGGGAUGGAAGCUGAGCUCCAAGAGAGGGAAAAUGGGGUGAGCACCGAGGCAUUGGCUACGUUGGACCAGCACCAUGAAGUGAAGGAGACUAAUGAGCAGAAACUUCACAAAAUAGCUACUGAACUUUUGCUUACAGAAAGAGCUUAUGUCAGCCGGCUCAACCUUCUAGAUCAGGUAUUUUAUUGCAAACUAUUAGAAGAAGCAAACCGAGGCUCAUUUCCUGCAGAGAUGGUGAAUAAAAUCUUUUCUAACAUUUCAUCAAUAAAUGCCUUCCAUAGUAAAUUCCUAUUACCUGAGCUGGAGAAGCGAAUGCAAGAAUGGGAAACUACACCCAGAAUUGGAGAUAUCCUGCAAAAGUUGGCACCAUUCCUUAAGAUGUAUGGAGAAUACGUAAAGGGAUUUGAUAAUGCAGUGGAACUGGUUAAAAACAUGACAGAGCGUGUUCCCCAGUUUAAGUCAGUUACUGAAGAGAUUCAGAAACAGAAGAUCUGUGGGAACUUGACCCUGCAGCACCACAUGCUGGAGCCUGUUCAGCGCAUUCCUCGCUAUGAGAUGCUCCUGAAGGACUACCUGAAGAAGCUGUCUCCUGACUCCCCAGACUGGAAUGAGGCAAAAAAGUCACUUGAAAUUAUAUCUACAGCAGCAAGCCAUUCUAAUAGUGCUAUAAGAAAAAUGGAGAACCUGAAGAAACUUUUAGAAAUUUAUGAGAUGUUAGGAGAAGAAGAGGAUAUUGUAAAUCCCUCAAAUGAACUAAUAAAAGAAGGACAAAUCCUCAAGCUAGCAGCUCGGAACACAUCAGCACAAGAGCGCUACCUCUUCUUAUUCAACAACAUGUUGCUAUAUUGUGUGCCCAGAUUCAGCUUGGUGGGCUCAAAAUUCACAGUUCGAACCAGAGUUGGCAUUGAUGGAAUGAAAAUUGUGGAGACUCACAAUGAAGAAUAUCCACACACUUUCCAGGUGUCUGGGAAAGAAAGAACCCUAGAGCUACAGGCCAGUUCUGAGCAAGACAAAGAAGAAUGGAUCAAGGCCCUUCAAGAGAGUAUUGAUGCUUUUCAUCAAAGGCAUGAAACCUUCAGAAAUGCAAUUGCAAAAGAAAAUGACAUACCCCUAGAAGUUUCUACUGCUGAGCUGGGCAAGCGAGCCCCGAGAUGGAUACGUGAUAAUGAAGUGACCAUGUGCAUGCAGUGCAAGGAGCCCUUCAAUGCACUGACCAGAAGGCGGCAUCACUGCCGGGCGUGUGGCCACGUGGUUUGUUGGAAAUGUUCUGACUACAAAGCUCAACUUGAGUAUGACGGUGGACGAUUGAACAAAGUUUGUAAAGACUGCUACCAGAUAAUAAGUGGAUUCACAGAGAGUGAAGAAAAGAAGAGACGGGGAAUUUUAGAGAUUGAAUCAGCAGAAGUAUCAGGAAAUAGUGAGGUGUGCAGUUUUCUCCAGUACAUGGAAAAGUCAAAACCUUGGCAGAAAAUAUGGUGUGUGAUCCCCAAGCAAGAUCCCCUUGUACUAUACAUGUAUGGCGCUCCUCAGGAUGUCAGAGCCCAGGCGACCAUCCCCCUCCUGGGCUACAUUGUGGAUGACAUGCCUAAGAGUGCGGAUCUGCCACAUAGUUUCAAGCUGACCCAGUCCAAGUCUGUGCACAGCUUUGCUGCAGACAGUGAGGAACUGAAACAGAAAUGGCUGAAAAUCAUCCUUCUAGCUGUCACAGGUGAGACACCAGAUGGCCCAAGUGAGCAUCUAGCCACCUUGAACAACCUCCCUGGACCCAAGAAAAUGUCCGAAUGCUAAGCUUCAGGAUGCCAGUGUGGAGUCUCAAAAAAAAAAACCCCACAUAGCUCAAGACACCCCAGCUCA